GUGCCUACAGCAAGAAUAUGACUCCAUUCUGCCUACUGCUAGUGUCAUCAUCUGUUUCCAUGACGAAGCCUGGUCUACUCUGCUGAGAACUGUGCACAGCAUUAUGGACACAGCCCCAAAGGCCUCCCUCAAGGAUAUCAUCCUCGUCGAUGAUCUCAGCCAGCAAGGGCCCCUGAAGUCAGCUCUGAGUGAAUACAUCUCUAAGCUGGAUGGUGUGAAACUCAUCCGGAGCAACAAGAGGCUUGGAGUCAUCCGAGGUCGGAUGCUAGGAGCUGCACGGGCAACUGGGGAUGUGCUCAUCUUCAUGGAUUCACACUGCGAGUGUCAGAAGGGCUGGCUGGAACCCCUCCUAGCCAGACUGUCCAGCAACCGAAACAGUGUUGUCUCCCCUGUCAUAGAUGUCAUAGACUGGAAGACUUUCCAGUACUACCACUCUGUGGGCCUGCAUCGAGGUGUUUUUGAUUGGAAACUAGAUUUUCACUGGGAACCAGUGCCAGAGCCUGAAGAGAAGGUACGACAGUCUCCCAUCAGCCCUAUCAGGAGUCCUGUGGUAGCUGGUGCAGUGGUGGCCAUGGAUCGACAUUACUUCCAAAACACUGGAGCUUAUGAUUCUGACAUGACCAUGUGGGGAGCAGAAAAUAUGGAGCUCUCUAUAAGGACCUGGCUCUGUGGUGGCUCUGUAGAAAUUAUUCCAUGCUCCCGAGUUGGGCAUGUCUAUCGGAAUCACUCUCCCCGUGCUUUCUCCUAUGAAGAGGCCAUUGUGAGGAACAAAAUCCGAAUAGCAGAGACCUGGCUGGGCUCUUUUAAAGAGAACUUCUACAAGCAUGACACCGUGGCUUUCUUAAUCAGCAAGGCAGAGAAGCCAGACUGCAGUGAGCGCCUUCAGCUACAGAAGAGACUGGGCUGUAGAAAUUUCCAAUGGUUUAUAUCAAAUGUGUACCCUGAACUCUCCCAACCUGAAGACACACCAAGAUUCUCUGGCAAGCUUUACAAUACUGGUGUUGGCUUCUGUGCAGAUUACAGACCUGGAAAAGCCAUUGCAGAAGGCUCUAUCAAACUCUCCCCUUGCAGUGACAGCCUCACCCAGCACUUUGAAUAUAACAGCAUGAAGGAAAUCCGGCUUGGUUCUGCUCCGCUGUUUUGCUUUGAUGUCAGACACGGGAAGGUUAUCCCUCAAAACUGUACAAAGGAGACAGACAACAAACAGCGCUGGGAUGUCCAGGAGAAUGGAAUGAUUGUCCAUGUCCUUUCUGGCAAAUGCAUAGAGGCAGCAAAGAAUGAAGAUGAGAAGGACUUGUUUUUGUGUGUAUGUAACAAGAAUGCAAACCAGAUGUGGCAAUUUGAACGUUCCCAUGUGCUGCAUCAGAGAUAACUGACAGGUCGCUGUGGAGGUCAAGUCUCUAAAAUUUGACAUUACUUCUGCUUGGGAUUUAAGAUACAUUCCCUGCAUGGACAAGAAAGAUGUUUGUGUUUGCUGCAGCAUGCAGGGAAGUUAGGAAGGUCUUUCCUCCGAAAGCCUGGCUCAAAUAGUUGUCACCAGUUCCUGGUUUAAUCAGCUGUAGCUAAAAUUUCUAUUUAUUGUGUGAAGCAGGGAAU